UCUACGAUUCAUUUCAGUUAUGCUCGCAACUCCAAACAUUUAGGAGGUUUCUUCGUCGCAGUAAAGUUCGACUUGUUUUGAACUUUCAUCACUUUCCCCUACACACUAUAAUAUAUCGAAAAAUCAUGACACAAACAAAAAUAUCUUGUGGAAUGUGAAGAGUUACGCUCUGUUCUAUUUUUUUUAAAAUUUUUUUUCGUUAAUUUUCGUCAACGAGAAGUCAAUUAAAAAUGUCUCUAGCAAGUAAAAUUAAAGUUACAUCUAUUUUCAAUAAUUUGACAAUGGUAUCGAUUCGAGCCUUCUCGGCAAAGCCAAUGCUCAGUACAAAAGACGAAACUAAAGAAGUGAUAAUAAAAUACCUCGAUGGAAAGGACAAUGGAAUUGCAGUCAUAGGAUUAAAUCGUCCAGAAGCUCGGAAUGCAUUUGGAAAAACCCUCGUGUCACAAUUGAGCGAAGCGAUUUCAACAAUUCGUCAAGACAAUAAAGUUCGAGUCCUGAUUGUACGGAGCUUGGUACCAAAAAUCUUCUGUGCUGGCGCAGAUUUAAAGGAGAGAUUGAAAAUGGACAAUUCCGAAGUAAAUCCGUUCGUUUCUUCAUUGAGGAGUCUCAUGAACAAUGUGGAAUCAUUACCGGCGCCUGUUAUAUCGGCAAUAGAUGGCUCUGCACUCGGAGGAGGCUUAGAACUUGCCCUCGCCACUGACAUAAGAACGGCGGCGUCUGAAGCAAAAAUGGGUCUAGUCGAAACCAAAUUGGCCAUUAUUCCUGGCGCAGGUGGAACCCAGAGACUGCCCAGAGUUGUGGGACCUGCGAAAGCCAAAGAACUUAUUUUUGCAGCAAAAGUCCUCGAUGGCGAAGAAGCUCACAAAAUUGGACUGGUGAAUCAAGUCGUUCCACAAAAUAAGGAUGGUGAUGCUGCCUAUCAAGCUGCUCUGUCCAUAGCCAGAGAAAUUCUACCAAAUGGGCCUAUUGGAGUGAAAUUAUCAAAAGUUGCCAUCAGCAAAGGAAUUGAAGUUCCAAUUGAAGAUGGAUUUGAAAUUGAAAAGCAAUGUGUUUCUCAGCUUUUGGAAACGCAGGAUCGACUCGAAGGUCUCGCGGCAUUUACUGCUAAACGAGUUCCCAUUUACAGGGGUUUGUAAAAGUGGACCAAAAGGAAAAAUUCGUUAAUUAUUUGGAACCGACUUUUGUCCACGCAAAGAGUAAUUUUUCAAGAACCAAAGUUCCAAGAUUUAUAAUAUCGCACAAACGUACUUUUUAUUAACGAGGGAGUUGGUAAUUAUUGUAAUAUUUGUAAAAAUUGUUUUCUACGCUGUACUUUUUAUCGCAGAAUAUCAUUGUUGUUGAUUCGUAAAAUUUUUAAUUCUUUAUAAAUUGUUAAUAAUAUUUUUAAACUGUAAAUUUUAUGACCUGUCUUUAUAAGAAUAAAUCUUUAUAUUAUUUUUUAUUAAA